GAAGACCCCACCGACGCCGCCUCUUGCUCCUUCUGCCCAUGCUCCUGCCUCAUCGCUGAGGGCCGUCCGGGAGAACAGUCCACGGUCUUCUUCUUGUAUUGGACACUUCCCAGUCAUCACCCAUUCUUAUUCAGCGAGCGGGUUAGCAGGUUUUAGCCGCUUCAGCAUCUGGUACGUUAACGCUCCCCGUUGCCUUUUCACAGCUAUAGGGUGAAACCGCUAGCGUAUUUUUUUCUUUUCUUUAUGCGAGGUCCGUUUAAAUUACGUUGCUCGUUUGGCAUUUCCACCCAGAGAGAGUGGGGGGGAAACACAAACACAUUUAGGUGCAGACAACGCGACUACAUGCCACGAACGACGAGAACCGCUAGAUGUCUGAAAUAAGCAGCAGCAGCAGCGGCAGCGGCGGCGGCGGCGGCGGCGAGCCAUGCUGAAAAGGACCGGUGGUUGAAAAUAACGCAGAUUUGGGAUUUCACCCAGAAAUACAACUGGCACAGCAAGGUUUUCCACAAAACAGGAAGCCAGACUUCAGCCUCUGCACAUCACUCCGUCCAGCACUUUUGCCUUUCCUUGGCGCAGCUUUGUCCCUGGAUCAACCGUCGUCAUAAAAAUCGUUCCAUCGGAAGAACAUCGGACAAUCUGCUAUGAUUACUUCUCCCAAAGUUAUUUUUGACUUUAUCAUUGUGUUUCUUUUUCAUCUCUAUGGGCACAGAGAGGAGCAGUGAAAGGACUUCUCGAUUGGCUGUUGGACUAUUUUGUAAUUUCUAAAUACUACUGAGAUCAGUCAGACUUGACAGAACCCCCUCAACUACAGAACUGACAUUUAGAAGGCGAUGGCAUGGAAUGCUGGACUCUCAUUGGAACAGCGUCAUGAAAUGUGUGAAAUGUUUUUCAUCUUAGAAUUUAAACUUCUUAUUCCGACUUUUUAAAACUUUGUGUUAGGGGGGAGAGUGCAGAGGAAGGACAUCAGACGAGUGCUUUAAACUCCUCCGAGAGCCUCAGUGAAACAGACAAUGGACUAAAAGGGGGGGAAAAGGAGAGGAGAGACCUUGAAACGUAGAGAGACGAGUGUAGCGAACCUCGAGAGAAAAGCAAAAAGAGAAAAGAACAAAAAAAGAACAGAAGAGAGAAUUCUAAUAAAAUUGGCAGAUAACAGAGGAACCGAGCAGCGAAGGAGAAAAGAGGGGUAUUUUUUUGGUCUAGGAUGGCUAGAGACGUGAUGAAACACCCUUCAGGCCAGACCUCCUCCCUUCUACUGCCCCUCCUCCCUCUCCUCCUUCCAGCUUCCCUCCCUCUCUCCGCUGCUCUCAGCUAGUCUGCCGGUAUUCUUAGGCUGAGCAGCUUCAGUGCAACAAGAGAGGUAGAAAAAGAGAGAAAGCAGACCGCUGGAGCCGAGCUCGUCAUUCACACAGAUGGCAGAGAAAAGGAGAAAGACCUGCUGCAUCCAUCCACACCGUACACUGGAUUUCACUGAAGAUGGACAUUGCAGUUAGCCCCCCCCCCAAAAAAAAGGGAAGGAAAAGAAAGAGGUGGCUUUAAAGACAGUGGAAGCCAGAGAAGGGAAAGUUAGAAAGGAAAGAGGGAGGGAGUGAACAAAGCAUAGAAAGGUGGAAAAAGCAGAGACUGGGAUCGAAGCGGAAGGAGAGAUCACCUCUCGUGGAAAGCAUAGCCAGCAGUCAGGCUACAGCUGUGUGUAAUUCAGCUGUGACUCCUGUGUGUGUGUGUGUGUGUGUGUGUGUGUGUGUGUGUGUGUGUGUGUGUGUGUGUGUGUGUGUGUGUGUGUGUGUGUGUGUGUGUGUGUGUGUGUGUGUGUGUGUGAGACGAGCACAUAGCUGUGAAAAGAGUGGGAGAGAAUCCAGCGGGAGACAGAGAGAACGCGUAGGAGCAUUGCUGAGCGCACAGCUUGACUGUAAGACAAAUUGACUCUGACACAUUGUCCUCCGUCAGAGGGUGUGUGUGUGUGUUUACCAGUCUGAUAUAGUGGGUGAUCUUGUGGUCCAAAGUGUUAGUCAAGGGGUCGUUCCAAUCCCGUUUACAAGGCCUUGUUGGUGUUUUGCGUGGAGGCGGCAGUGCAGAAGGUGGUGGUGGGCUCAGGACAGUGGCAGGUCUAGGGGUGGGGGCGUGGCCAUGGGGGGGCCGCAUCCCAUCCUCCACCCUGCACCGUGACAGGCGCUGGGGCUGGGGGACCUGGGGCGUGGGUCCAUCCAGGGGGCCUUCCAGACUUUCAGAGCUCCGGCCCUGGCUGAGCGGAGGGACGGCCGGAAUGGCAGGAGGUGGAGGUAGCACCGGGGGAGGAGCUGGGAUGGAGAAAGUAGGCAGGGCGAGGUGUUCCCGCAGGGUCUUGGUUCUCCUCGGCUCGCUGGCUCUCGUCUUUCUCACCUCGCUUUUCUUCACCUUCUCGCUCCGUUGGGGCGUCGGCUUCAACUACCUGGAGCCGCCCGGGUGGGAGGAGUCGAGGAGGGUGAAGCUAGUGCCCAGCUACGUGGGCGCACACAGGCUAUCGCCACCUGACACCUCGCAGCAGAAGACGUGUGUCUGCUUACGCUGUGUCGGAGACCCGGGCGUUUCUGAUUGGUUCGACGAGAACUACGAGCCGGAUAUCUCACCUGUUUGGACCAGAGACAACAUCUGGCUUUCCUCUGAUGUCUACUACUGGUGGGUGAUGUUACAGCCCCAGUUUAAACCUCACAGCAUUAAGCAGGUGUUGCAGAAGUUGUUCCAGGUGAUUCCCGGAAGGUCGCCGUACGGCUCAUGGGAUCCAGGACGCUGCCUGCGUUGCGCUGUGGUAGGGAACUCAGGAAACCUCCGCGGGGCCGGAUAUGGGGCGACCAUUGACGAACACAGCUACAUCAUGAGGAUAAACCUGGCCCCCACUGUGGGCUACGAAGAAGACGUCGGCAGCCACACCACUCACCACUUCAUGUACCCGGAGAGCGCCAAGAACCUGGCUGCCAACGUCAGCUUUGUCUUGGUUCCUUUCAAAACUCUGGAUCUUGUCUGGAUCACUAGUGCUCUGUCCUCUGGCCUGAUUCGAUUUACCUACGCUCCAGUGAAGCAGUUCCUCCGCGUAGAUAAGGACAAGGUCCAGAUCUUCAACCCAGCAUUCUUUAAAUACAUCCACGACCGCUGGACCAGACACCAUGGGCGCUACCCCUCCACUGGCAUGCUCGCACUGUUCUUUGCCCUGCAUGUCUGUGACGAGGUGAAUGUGUUUGGUUUCGGGGCAGACAGCAGGGGAAACUGGCACCACUACUGGGAGGAGAACCGCUACUCCGGAGAGUUCAGGAAGACCGGCGUCCACGACGCCGACUACGAAGCCCAGAUCAUCCAGCUGCUGGCGAAGGCUGGCAAGAUCACCGUAUUCCCAGGGAAAUAAGCAGCAAAUCACCCUGUGUAUCCAAUGGUCCAACACUGGUACAGCAACAGACGCUAGAGAGGCUGCUUUAACACGUGUUAGAUAUUCUCGCUUUCACUUCCCUGCUCCAGUUUGGGUUCCCAGUUUGAAGUAAACCAAAAGAUUGCAGUACAGAAGGCAAGACGAAACGGUCACAUACCAAACGAUGUUAUUGCAAUCGCUUUCCCUCAUAUCAAGAAGUCAGCCACCAAUUGAGGCUCUCAUUGGAGAACAUGGUGACUCUUAGGAACCAGGAAGAGGGAACACGUAAAUCCAAAUGUAGUUCUGCUCACUUAGUACUGACCUAAAAGGGAAGUUGAGCCUUACAUUUUACAAUAGAGUAAUUGGCUCUUAGUAGUUUUUAAGGUUUUACCUCUAACGACCAGCGCAAGACCACAGAUCUCAACUCAAGUGAAGGCUGGACAGCAGGAAAACUCAACCAAUCACCACAAAUACUGACUUUGACUGUGUUUGUGUGAGAGAGCCAGGGAGGGAAAGAUCUGACAUGCAAGAGUCCUACUUCUGGACUCGCCUUAGAUGAGUGUGUAAUACUCAUCCGUUAACAAACGCACACUAUACUACCUACUGAAAAGGCCACCGAAACAGCACCGUCAGCAUCCAGGGGACUAUUGUUCUACAGCCCUGUGAUGUCGGACAGUAACAAAGUGUGUGUGUAAAAAAUUACAGUUCUCACCCUCUGAGCAUGAGGCGCCGUACUGCACGCCUGCAGACAAGUUUGCCACAACAGACAAACUGUGGAGCCAUUAGAAACCAUUGUGCGUUGAACACUUUGAGACACGAGGACUAAUCUUACCCCGGGCCAUGAGUUUCAUGAGAAAGCAUUGUUCUUCUCAAGUCCAAUAUGAGGCCAAACGUCAAUUGCCGCUUUUCACUGUCAUAACUCCUCUCAUGUGAUUUCGGCACCACAAGGCGGCGUUACAAGGACGCUGUAGAACGGUUGGUUAUAAGACGAUAGCUGUGUGAUUGCUGUGAGUUCAUAUCGUCUGACUGUCCUCUGAACCCUGCGGGUCCUUACCAGGCUUAGCAAGGCCUCGACACCUUGCAGCACACUCACCGUAACAUGAUCAAGGCUUUCGCCUUUUGCCCAUUCUGGCUCAGAGAGAUCGCUGCGACAUGAGCUUCAGCUCCUGUAGAGCCAGCCAAUCGGGGGCUUAAACGCCACUGACGGCCACAGGCCAAGCUGCAGUCUACAUCCACAUCCAGACACAGGGAGGAGUGUUCUGGGAGGGUGUUGAUUUGACUGCGUGAGACUCUAAUUAGGCCAAAAGGCAGUCUCCUGGGAUCUCGUGUUUGGAUGGAAGCACGCUGGUUUCUGGACCGGAGUUUCAUCCCCAUGUGGUGUGUCAGGCUCUAAUUUGGGAGACUGGAGACAGAGAGCUAGGGCAUGAAGAACCAGUUGGACUAAGGCAGCAUGAGAAAUGCAUCUUUUCCUCCACUGUUGUUAAGGAUGAAAAGAAAAGACCUUGCUUCACAAACUUGCGCGUCUACACCCAUUGGACUGGUAUUUUAGUUUUUUGAAAGGACUGAGACAAAAAGGGACCUUGCUCUGCUUCUUUUCCCUUUCACAGACCUGCCUCCUGGAUCCCAGUGGAGUUGGAGACUGUCAGGAGCAUUUCGACCCAGAUUAAACUCAUAUGAUGGGGUGAAAGAAAACCCCAAUGGAUCUGGGAAUUCUUUAACCUGUCAGCAGCUGAGCUUCAUUAACAACUAGCCCUGGUUAUCCUCUCAGCCAGUUAUAACUUCAGCUAUGUCUGGAGGGGGUGGAGCUACCAGACGCCUUAGACCUCCGUAGCACAUACACUGCACUUCCCGUUCUGAUAUUCAUGUUGAUGGCAUAUCCUCCUACAGACUGCAGAUUUCAUUUGUUAUUUUUUUUUCUUUAGAUUUUCUUUCCCACCCAGUUGGCACGUUAAUAGUUUUUAUCAUGAUUUGGUAUCUCUCAAAUAAUGCCUAUUUACACAUAUAUAUCCUCCAUUGUAAGUUCUGUACAUCUUUAACAAGGAGGCACAAUAAAUCAGUCACGAAAGUGCAUCUAGACAGGAUCGAAAAACAGAAACGUCUGUGGAAAACAGAAAACGUGUGCCAUGGAGAGGAAGGAAAAUGGAAGUAUUUGUUUGGAGGCUGUAAAUCCAUCCAAAGAAGCCGUUACGGAGAUGUGUUUAUCGAGAAGCAGCUGGUGGCUGAUUAGAAGGAGUACUCAGGGUUCCUACCAGGCCUGGAAAAUAUAGAGAAGUGGUGAUUGAAUAAGUCUUUCAAGAUGCGAAGUAAUAUUUGUACUGUCCCACAACACCAAACUAAUGUUUUUAUGGGUCUGAGUGAUAGUUGGUCAGUAUUAAUGACUCAACAGUUACUUCAUGUUGGAGCUCUGGCUUCUAAAAGUCACUUCCCAGACUGUACUCUAUUUAGUAUUUAUGUCAGACAAGGAGUAAUAAGUAUUUGUUGGAGCUCAUGGAUACACACAAUGUGAAUGUUAACAGAAACACAGAGCACUAUUAAGUUUUGGGGGGGGGAGAAAACAUUCCAUUAUUUAUUUAGAAUUUAACACUUAGAGGUGGAGGUGGUUUGAUCAUUGAACGACCCACCAAAUGUAAUCAGAUUCAAAUAGCGCAAACGUUUGAUUAGUGCACAGAAAUACGUGACAUUUCUUUCUUCCAUCUGAGCCCCGCCCACUUCAAAACAUUACAAAGAGCACAGACAAAAAACAUAAAAUACAAAAACUGACCAAGUGUUUUUGCAUUGAGAAUCCAAGGGCUCACAGAAAGAAGUACAUCCAGAAAAGGGCCUUAAAUGUUCCUUUAAAACUAUGUGAAAAGGUGGUGUAUUGUUUUAGUGACUCAAAACACUUGCCACCUCCCAAAAUGGUUAGAAAGACAGCUACAUUUGUGAAUAGAAGCUGUGUAGGAUUGAACCACAUGGCAGUAUAAAGCUCAUUCGUAUGAAGUGUUUUUUUGUUCAACCAUUGCUCCUGGUGAGAAAGGUUUGACGUACACACGACCUGGAAAAACACAUACACACACACACACACGCACAUAGUGAGGAGGGUUGGGGUGCCAUACUGCCCCCAGCAGGCGAUGGGAAGGACUGUGCCUCCUCUGAUAUCAGUUCUGUUGCUGUAUUAUUGUCUAUCUUGUGUAUUAUUGUUGGAGGAUGCUGUGUAAACACAUGUGACUCUGCGUUAUAUGCCUUCAGUGUUUUUAUCCUACUUUGCACAUAACAGAUUUUAUAGGAUGCUUUAGUGUUUUGCUGGCUCACUUUAAGAGUCAGUGUGGCUGAAUCUGGACAAAUUCUUUGUUUUCUUUCGCUCGGUCACACACACCAACACACACACACACACACACACACGCUUCUGUGCCUUGCCCUGCUGCUGGACAUAUCUCGCCUACAGUUGCUUCAUUGGCCACGCACAUGCUACCUUUGCUUUCUUUUUUAGUCACACAAACAAACAUGUCUUUUGGCUGAGAGCUGUGCCUUCUGAGCUACACACACACACACAAAAACACACACACACACAAAAACACACUCUGCCUUCUGCUCGGGGUACAGACACCACCCAUUUUUUACUUCUUACUGCUCUGUGCACUCACACUAUAGGCACAUCAGGAGAAGUUUUUGAACAUAAAGUAAAUACUUUUGAGGCAUUUCUAGCUUUUCUAGAUUACAUAGUGAAGGAUGGCUGGAAAGCUGCCACCCCGAGAGGGCCAUCUGCUUGAUUACAGCCCACAGUGUUGCAGGUACACCUGUCCUGUUUCUGUGUAUCCAUUUUCAUCAACACAGAGACUAUAGAAGAGAUGGUGAAGAUGACAAAGCAUCUGAAGGUUUAAACAUAUCAGUGUGUGUGACGCUGCUUUUCGUGGUUCUGUUUUCUUGGAGUUGUCAGCUGCUGUGGUCUUGUGUUAUUGAUGAUUAUUUCCCAAGAUGCUCCCUCCAACUUCAAAAUGAAUGCGUAAAUUGUUUUGGAGUCUCUGGCAGCAGAAUAACACAUUCCUAUCACAUUCUUGCAGCCUGCAGCCUGUGAAGAAAAGUCUUAAUAGCCGACUGUGCCCCCAAACACGGCAAGACCCUGUUCCAGCACUGAAACUGUUAUCAGCAUCCUCAAUUUGUCACCGUUGUAGACCAGAACAUUGUGAUCAGAUGGGGGAGGGAGCAGGGUGAUCCCUCCUUGCUGUGCUAGCUUAAAUUAGAGUGGAGGUUUUACAGUACAUGACACAGAUCUGAUAAUGUUCCCUGUAGCAUUUCUGACCCAAAGUAGGCCUUCUCUCCUGACGCUGACCCAAUACACACAUUUUAGGUUUUGUCUUCUUGAGUUAAUUCUCAAAAUAAUUGGAAGAAGCACCAGUUUUCAGGUCAACGUCUGCACUGUGACUGUGACAGGAACAUCAAGAAAUAAAGAGCUGCAUCGGUUGAGAGCAUGUUGGGAAAUUCUUCAUUGUGACAGUCAGAUGUCCAGGGAGCGGCAUGUUUUCUCAGGUGAAAUCUGAGUGCGUGGUUCAGUCCUCUGAUAACAGGGACAGAAACAAGUCAAAUAAAAGCUGACUUGAGUGUUAGGUUUUGGUCACAACUUUAACUGGACUGAUUUUCUUUCUAGCAUCACUAUGUAGUAAAUCUGUCUGUUCUACAUUGCUGCCGGUGGAAUCCAGGUUCCUUUCACAUCCAGGACUAUUUUUAAAUGGUUUUGUCUCACACACUGUGCUGAGGUAUAUUUCAGCAAUAUCUAACAAUAUUAGAUCACCUGAAGAUGUUACAGAGCCUUUUACGACUGCACAAAGCAGCCAACACCAACCACUGGAGGUUAUCAUUUUCCUGGAUAAAAAAAGGAGGCUCAUUAAAUUAAAUAUUUGAUGGGGUAAUUAAACAAGAGUUUUUUGUGGAAAUGAGCACAGUGAAGGAUGUGAGGUUUGAUAUGCUAUACAGAUAUUCUCCCUCUGACAUAAACACAGCUAUCUACAUUUAAACAAAUAGUUGGACAUUUUGGGAAACCACCUUUUAUAGGAUUAAGGUGAGAUCACGCACACAUGAGUGGAAUCAAUCUAUUCACCUUACUCAGCAAGAGAACAAAUACGCUUUUUCCCCAAAAUGCCAACGUAUAUACUUGCUAUGUUAAGUGCAAAUUGGGUUGUAUCUUCCUUCUAGUCGUGGUAGCCUAGUUAAGGCUUUAUUACUUCAUAACAUAUUAAUCAGAACCUCAUUACUGAGCUAGAGUUAACAAAAAAAAUCAGAAUAUUUAUUAAUUUGCAGUUGUCUGGCAGGAAGAAAACCGUCCAGGCCAUCUCCAGCUGCAACAGAAAGUAAUCACAGCUCUUGUAGCUGGGAAACAAUUUUUAUAGCACUCACAUCUCCUCAACCUGUUUUUUCUCUCCAGUUGCUAUGGUUAAUUUGGCUGCAGCCCGGUGUCAUUCUGUAAUGGAGAAUAGGUUUCUGCAGCAGGGACAGAACUUUCACUCACUGAGAAAAAUCCGGCCCGUCCAGGCGGUUGGCAGAGUGUUAUCGCCUGCGACUGUUACCAGCGUGCUGUUCUGUUCGAGGCUGAGGCGAGGACGGCCUCCGACAGCUCUCUGUCAGUUCACUAGUCUGCAUUAAACAGAAACAACUCUUUAGCAGCAGUCCCACAUAUCAGACUGUCGCUGUGGAUUGUAACACCAACACUCAUACCUCUGUCAGCUGUUGUGCUAGUAUGCUCAAGUAUGAAGUGUCAAGUAGGAUUAAAGGCUGCUUAGUGAAUACAUCUGCCAGCAAACUUACUGCUGACUCAUGAAUCAGAUUCUGUAGCUUUAGAGAUUGAAUUGGUGAAAUCUUUCCAUGUGGCUGGUUUCAUGCUGUCUGGAUCCGUCAUCAUCUAGUACCGGCUUACUGUCGCAUUCGUCAGCAGGACUACCUUUUGGAUGAGGUAGUACACAUGUAUUUACUACACUGAAACAUAUGUGAUCCAACUCUUUGUAUCUUAUGCUAUUGUGCAAAUAAAAGCUUCAUGAA